GGCACCUUCCCUGAGCAAGGCGGAAGCGCCCGGGAUACCGUGGGGCGGAGGCGGGAGAGGCGAGGGUCGCGAUGAGUGGGCUUGGCCGGCUGUUCGGGAGGGGAAAGAAGGAGAAGGGGCCAACCCCUGAAGAGGCAAUACAGAAACUGAAGGAGACGGAGAAGAUAUUGAUCAAGAAACAGGAAUUUCUGGAGCAGAAGAUUGAACAGGAGCUACAAACCGCCAAGAAGCAUGGGACCAAGAACAAGAGAGCUGCCCUACAGGCUUUGCGGAGGAAGAAAAGGUUGGAACAGCAGCUGGCACAAACCGACGGGACAUUAUCCACCCUGGAGUUUCAGCGUGAGGCCAUUGAGAAUGCCACCACCAAUGCAGAAGUGCUUCGUACCAUGGAGCUUGCUGCCCAAGGCUUGAAGAAGGCCUACCAGGACAUGGACAUUGACAAGGUGGAUGAACUGAUGGCUGACAUCACAGAACAACAGGAGGUGGCCCAGCAGAUCUCAGAUGCCAUUUCUCGGCCUGUGGGCUUUGGAGAUGACGUGGAUGAGGAUGAGCUGUUGGAGGAGCUAGAGGAGCUGGAGCAGGAGGAAUUGGCCCGAGAGUUGUUACACGUGGGUGACGAGGAGGAGGAGCCCCCGGUCGCACUGCCCAGUGUACCUGCUACACAUCCGCCUGCAGAGCCAGCUCCCAAAGCGGAUGAAGAUGAAGCGGCACUAAAGCAGUUGGCUGAGUGGGUGUCCUGAUGAGUCUGGGCUUGUCAGCCUGACGUUGCCUUUGUUGCUUUCUUUUCCUUAAGUGCCAAAUGCUGAGCUAAAGGAAACAAGGCCUUGUUGGUAGGUCCUGCUGAGGGUGGUGGUGUGACCCUGCCUGAGAAAAGGGUCUGUGGCCCUCCCUUCCCUGGCUCAACUAUGAAGAAGGAUUGGUAUGGGAAGAGCCACUGGGCUCCCAUGGACAGCAUUACAGUGCCCUCAUUCCCAAUAAAACUGGGCGGAUGGAACCCUAGUGCUUAUGCUGCCUUGUCUACGCUGAAACUCAUCUGGUUCUUGGAGCUUUGUUUCAAGAAAUGAGUGACAGUGAGAGUGAGAACAAGUGGAGCUUCCAGUACCUUAACCUGGUGUGCUCCGGGCACGUAUUGUUCCAUCUCUCUAGCUGGUUUGUCCUAGGGUUGCCUAGUGCUGAGGGUAAGGAAACUGCCAUCUAGUAUUAUCCCAGAAUCAUGUAGAGCCGCCCCUAAGUCUUCCCUCAUCCCUUUUCACCCAAUUGUGCCACUGCAAAGAGAGCCGCAUGAUUUUACUACCCAUAUUCCUUUUACUAAGCCCGUUCACAGAUAGGAGAAAUACAUAGAUAACGGAGCAAAUAGGUUUGCUUUCUCCAGAACACACAGUGAAUAGGCUUGGUUUGAAACUGUUACUUCCACGUGUAGGAACAAUGAUGAGGGAUCGUAACUACCGGGACUGUUUCAGUGGUAGUUAAGGUGGCAUUUGAAGGAGGAAGGAACCAAAAUAUUGCCCACCUCCUGAUACUGGUUUCUAAAAGAAUGAACAACGCUGUCCCUUUGGACUAUAGACAAACAGAGCCACCAGGGUAGAGCAAGUUCUGCCCCACUACUUGAACAUUUGGAGGCCUGGAGAUACACAGCAGCGAGCAUGUCCUCAGCCAGAAUAGUGAAGCAGCUCCAAAGCAGGUGUUCCUCCCAUCACACCCAGCCCACCUUCAGAGCCACAGAAGAGCUAAUUGUAAAUUACAAUCUAGACUUAACUGGUGUCAAAAUGACUGGUUACAGGCUCUGGGCGGAAAUCCACCUCUCACCCUCAGUACUGGUCCCUGCUAAGGGUCCCCUGAGGAAAGAAUGUGACUA